GCCGGCGGGUAACGGCUCGGGCCCGGUGCUCCCGGUGGUGCCGCCCCCGGCCCCGCCAUGGCGGCCGGGCCCCCGCCGAACCCUUCCCCGCCCCUCCCCUGGCGGGCGCCGUUGCCGCCGGGCCCGCGUGCCGCCGCCGCAGCCAGCGGAAGCUCCGCCCGUCCCGUUCCGGCGCCGCCCCCGCCCCGCUGUCCGCUCCCUGCCCGGCCCGGCGGUAAGAUGGCGGCGGUGGCAGAGUGUGAUGUGAUCAUGGCGGCGCCCGAGGGAGCCGGCGAGCCCGAGAACGAGGAGGAGGCGCGGAGAGAAGCAGAGUCAUUCAAGGAACAAGGAAACGCGUACUAUGCCAAGAAAGAUUACAACGAAGCGUACAACUACUACACAAAAGCUAUAGAUACCUGUCCUAAUAAUGCCAGUUAUUAUGGUAACAGAGCUGCCACACUCAUGAUGCUGGGAAGAUUCCGAGAAGCACUGGGAGAUGCUCAGCAGUCUGUCAGACUGGAUGAUAGCUUUGUAAGGGGCCACCUACGGGAAGGGAAGUGCCAUCUCUCCUUAGGGAAUGCCAUGGCUGCCAGCCGCUGCUUUCAACGAGUUCUAGAACUGGAUCAUAAGAAUACCCAGGCACAGCAAGAGCUGAAGAAUGCCAGUACUGUGCUUGAGUAUGAAAAAAUAGCUGAAGUGGAUUUUGAGAAACGAGAUUUCAGGAAGGUUGUGUUUUGCAUGGAUCGUGCUCUGGAGUUUGCUCCUGCUUGUCACCGGUUCAAAAUCCUCAAGGCUGAAUGUUUAGCACUGUUGGGUCGCUACCCAGAGGCACAGUCUGUAGCAAGUGACAUCUUACGAAUGGACUCGACGAAUGCAGACGCCCUGUACGUCCGUGGUCUCUGCCUUUAUUACGAGGACUGUAUCGAGAAGGCAGUACAAUUCUUUGUUCAAGCACUCAGAAUGGCUCCUGAUCAUGAGAAAGCAUGUCUUGCCUGUCGUAAUGCCAAAGCACUUAAAGCAAAGAAAGAAGAUGGGAAUAAAGCAUUCAAAGAAGGAAACUACAAACUAGCUUAUGAACUAUACACAGAGGCACUAGGAAUAGAUCCAAACAACAUAAAAACAAAUGCCAAACUCUACUGCAACCGGGGAACAGUUAAUUCAAAGCUUAGGAAACUUGAAGAAGCAAUAGAUGACUGCACGAACGCAGUGAAACUGGAUGACACAUAUAUCAAAGCUUACUUGAGGAGAGCACAGUGUUACAUGGACACAGAACAAUAUGAAGAUGCUGUAAGAGACUAUGAAAAGGUUUAUCAGACAGAAAAAACGAAAGAACACAAGCAGCUCCUAAAGAACGCACAGGUGGAACUGAAAAAGAGCAAACGAAAAGACUACUAUAAAAUCCUUGGGGUUGACAAAAAUGCCUCUGAAGAUGAGAUCAAGAAGGCUUACAGGAAAAGAGCACUAAUGCAUCAUCCAGACCGACACAGUGGGGCAAGUGCAGAGGUACAGAAGGAAGAGGAGAAGAAAUUUAAAGAGGUUGGUGAAGCCUUUACCAUCCUGUCAGAUCCCAAGAAGAAGGCUCGCUAUGACAGUGGGCAGGAUCUAGAGGAGGAUGGAUUGAACAUGGGAGACUUUGAUGCAAAUAACAUCUUCAAGGCCUUCUUUGGUGGGCCAGCAGGCUUCAGUUUUGAAGCUUCUGGGCCUGGAAAUUUCUUUUUCCAAUUUGGCUAAAAAAAAAAAAAACAAACCCAAAACCCCAAACAAACAAACAAACAACCCAAAUCAAGCCCCAGACAUACCUGAUCUGCUUAACUUUGUCCUUGAAUACGGAUGUACUUAGACUCCUUCCUUCACCGCGUCUCGUUGUACUUAGAACAGUUUCUUUUCUCUCGGUUGGAGACCUCUGUUUUGUGUGCUUUUGUGUGUGAAGAGGAAACCAGCUCGGGGAGGGAAAGGCUUGUGAAUUUUUUGGGGUUUUUUUCCUGUUAAUUUUAUUAAAAACAAACAAAAUAAA